GGGCCGGGGCGCCGCUGUGCUGGGCGUUGGUCGGGCGCGCCGACGCCGUCUCCGGGGCCAGGAGCCGAGACUGCUAGUCCGGCGAGGAGCGGACGCGGCCACCAGGCCUCGGCGGGGCCGGGCGUGGUGAGGGUGUGGGCACAACCGUUCCUGCCUGCCGCCUCGGCCUACAGAUCUUCCCCUCUCGCGUCUGGCGACCGCGGGCCUCCGCGCCGUGGCCAACAGCCUGCCAGCCGAGUCCCAGUCCCGCGGCAGCCGCCCAGGUCCACAGUGCGUGACACACCCUUGCUAAGGAAGGAGCCUGCCCAUUGAGGUUCUCAGGACGCAGUCUCUCCCUCGGGGACGCGGUGUCCCCGGAGCGCUGCAUCGGAGCCCCUAACCCAUGCGCUGGGGCGGCAGGCCCAGCCCUCCUGUAUUACACAGAUUUAAGGAAGAGUUUGACUGUGGAACAGAGCGCCAUGAAGGUUGAGCUACUGCCUGCCCUGACCGACAACUACAUGUACCUGAUCAUUGACAAGGACACCAGGGAGGCUGCCAUUGUGGACCCUGUGCAGCCCCAGAAGGUUGUAGAAACCGUGAGAAAGUAUGGUGUGAAGCUGACCACGGUGCUCACCACACACCACCACUGGGACCACGCUGGCGGGAACGAGAAGCUGGUCAAGCUGGAGCCGGGGCUGAAGGUGUAUGGGGGUGACGACCGUAUCGGGGCCCUGACUCACAAAGUCACGCACCUGUUCACUCUGCAGGUGGGGAGUCUCCAUGUUAAAUGCCUAUCGACCCCCUGCCACACCUCAGGACACAUCUGUUACUUGGUGAGCAAGCCUGGUGGUCCGGAUCCCCCUGCUGUGUUCACAGGUGACACCCUGUUUGUGGCCGGCUGUGGGAAGUUCUAUGAAGGGACUGCAGAAGAGAUGUAUAGAGCGCUGCUGGAGGUCCUGGGCCGGCUCCCUCCAGACACAAAAGUCUACUGUGGCCAUGAGUACACCAUCAGCAACCUCAAGUUCGCACGCCACGUGGAGCCCAGCAACACUGCUGUUCUGGAGAAGCUGGCCUGGGCCAAGGAGAAAUAUGCCACUGGGGAGCCCACGGUGCCAUCCACCAUCGCCGAGGAGUUCACCUACAACCCCUUCAUGAGAGUGAGGGAGAAGACGGUGCAGCAGCAUGCCGGCCAGACUGACCCCGUGGCCACCAUGCGCUACAUCCGCAGGGAGAAGGACCAGUUCAAGGUGCCGCCAGACUGAAGCAUAGCACCAGCACGGCGGGAGGGGAGGGUGGGCGAC